AUGCGUUCUCAGUCAUUGUCCUCUGGUUUGCUGCUUUGGCUGGCCACUGCCAGCGAACUUGGGGCUGCUGCCGUCAAGGUGAACCCACUGCCGGCGCCCCAAGAAAUCACCUGGGGCUCCUCGGGCCCCAUUCCCGUCGGGUACCUGUCGCUUCGUGCCGUCAACGCCAGCUGGGGCACUCAGGACAAUGUCAGAAUUGUCAGUGAAGCGUGGAAUCGCGCUCACGGUGCCAUAAGAACCAUACGUUGGGUUCCUCAGGCCGUUGAGCAGCCUAUCCCCGAGUUUGAACCCUUUCCUGGUCGAAACACCACGAGCAACAGCAAGCGCGCUGAAGCGCAGGCUGGUGAUGCAGAAGCACCAUCAGCUUCAGCACCAUCAGCUUCCGCACCCGCCAAUCAAAACUCCCGAUGGCUCAAUGAGAUUAGCGUACAGGUUGAGGACUGGGAAGCCGAUCUCAAGCACGGCGUGGAUGAAAGCUAUACGCUGAACAUUGCCUCGUCUUCUUCCCAGGUCCAAAUCACUGCCAAGACGUCCUGGGGCGCUCUUCACGCCUUCACCACUCUGCAGCAGAUUAUUAUUUCCGACGGUCACGGCGGACUCAUGGUUGAACAGCCUGUUGAGAUCAAGGAUCACCCAAACUACCCUUACCGUGGUGUCAUGGUUGAUUCUGGCCGCAACUUCAUCUCUGUCCAAAAGCUACAAGAGCAGAUCGACGGACUUGCCCUGUCCAAGAUGAACAUUCUCCACUGGCACAUCACUGACGCCCAGUCCUGGCCUAUCCAUCUCGAUGCUUUGCCCGACUUUACCAAGGACGCCUAUUCCGAGCGGGAGAUAUAUUCUGCGCAGAAUGUUAAAGACCUCAUUGCAUACGCGCGCGCCCGCGGUGUACGCGUUGUGCCCGAGAUUGACAUGCCUGGCCACUCCGCUUUGGGAUGGCAGCAAUACGACAACGACAUCGUCACUUGCCAGAACAGCUGGUGGUCCAAUGACCAAUGGCCCCUCCACACUGCCGUGCAGCCUAACCCCGGUCAGCUCGAUGUCCUCAACCCCAAGACUUACCAGGCUGUGGAAAAGGUCUACGCGGAGCUGUCUCAGCGAUUCUCCGAUGACUUUUUCCAUGUUGGUGGCGAUGAGCUACAGGUUGGCUGUUUCAACUUUAGCAAGACUAUUCGUGACUGGUUUGCUGCAGACUCUAGCCGAACCUACUUUGACCUCAACCAGCACUGGGUCAAUACGGCCAUGCCCAUCUUCACCAGCAAGAAUAUAACUGGAAACAAGGACCGCCGUAUUGUCAUGUGGGAAGACGUUGUUCUGUCCCCAGAUGCCGCUGCAAAGAACGUCUCCAAAAACGUCAUUAUGCAGUCCUGGAACAAUGGCAUCACUAAUAUUGGCAAACUGACCGCGGCUGGCUAUGAUGUUAUUGUUUCCAGCGCCGACUUCCUCUACCUCGAUUGCGGCUUCGGUGGCUACGUUACCAACGACGCACGCUACAACGUUCAGGAGAACCCCGAUCCCACUGCGGCCACCCCCUCGUUCAACUACGGCGGCAAUGGCGGUUCUUGGUGCGCUCCUUACAAGACUUGGCAGCGCAUCUACGACUAUGACUUUGCCAAGAAUCUGACCGCGGCACAAGCCAAGCACAUUAUUGGUGCCUCUGCCCCUCUUUGGUCAGAGCAGGUCGAUGACACCAUCAUCAGCGGCAAGAUGUGGCCCCGUGCCGCCGCCCUCGGUGAGCUCGUCUGGUCGGGUAACAGAGACCCAAAGACGGGCAAGAAGCGCACCACUUCUUUCACGCAGCGCAUUCUCAACUUUAGAGAGUACCUCGUCGCCAACGGUAUUGGGGCAACUGCGCUCGUACCAAAGUACUGUCUGCAGCAUCCUCACGCAUGCGAUCUUUACUAUGACCAAGACGCUGUGAAAUAG